AUGGCUCAGUUAGUUUCAGGACAGUCUGUCUCUUAUGAAGUCUACGUUGACAGCAUCAUCCUAACAACAACAGUUCACCCAACAACAGUGGAAUAUACAGAACAACAAUCUACAAUAACAGUCAUGCGUCCCAGGUCCAGACUCCUGGCUAAACGUGGCCUUCCCACCAUCAGGGAGGGCUAUGAGGAGCUGGUGCAGGACCUGAACCAGACCAACAGCCAGCACACCACCACACAGGACUACUUCCUCUCCAUCUGCCAUCUGGCCCGGCCCACCUUCCCUCUGCAUGAGCCCGACUGUGACAUCCUCUCCAUUGGCCCUUUGGAUUCCCCAAAGCCCUGCCUACGACUACACCGCCUGCGCCAUCUGCAGCCUCCGCAGCCUCACACCUCCACAAGCAGUGACCAGACAGAUGAACAAGCCCAUAAAGAGACUGCCAGAUCUCCUACGUCAGAACCGCUGCAGGCCCAGGCUGCCCCAGAGGAGGACAACGGAUGCAGAGGUGAUAUCCCAGGCUCCGCAGAUCCGCUGGAGUACCUCUACAGCCACAGAGGUGCGCUACCACUCUCCACCAGAAGGGGCAGCAUUCCCCCGCGCCGGCCACGCAGCGACACCUUCCCGUGCUGUUCCUCUGCACCUGACACAAAGCGAAAAAGCAGCUGCCCAGAGCUCUGUCUGCCUGAGACGGUCCCUGUGGCAACAGUCCUGCAGAGGUCGCCGGUGAGCAGGAAGAAGCUGGAUGAUGGCAACCUGGCCGCACGCACCGGCAUUUCCAACAAGCUCGAUGGUGCCCCUGGUGGUUGGAGGGGAAAGAGCAGUCGUUGCAUGGACAAACAGACCAUAGUGUCUCACUGGAUCUCAGAGUGCCGCAGCGCGUGGAAGGAAGCCCGCAUUCGUGCUUGCAUGCUGCCCGCCAUUGCCGAGAAGUAAUCUACGCCUGCGAAAAUCUCUUUCCGGUGAGGUUGAAUAUCACGUAGAGUAACGUGGAUUAUUGUGGAAUUAUGACUUUGCACUUCAGGUUUAUAUGCAUAUACAUUUUUGAUGUAUUUUUAAACUUGUGACCCUAUAGAUGGUGACGUGUCAAUACCACACCAUAGUGUAGAGUUACAAUGAAUGUCAAUGAUGACUGAGUCAGUCCAGUAAUGUCCAGUCGUGAUCAAUAAUUGCAUUGAUUGUUGGAUGCCUUUAACAUUGUUUGGUGAGAUUAAAAAAAAAAAGUAUCAUUAAAAUUGCAGUUCUAAUAUAUGAAACUCAAUGUAGUUCAAAUGAUAAACGGUACAGCAAUGUAUAAUAUUCACAGAUAAGAUUCUCACUGUGUCCACAACUAUAUUUGGCUGGGAAGACCCAGGUUUUAGCAAAUUUGCAUAUUAGGCAGCUACUGGUAUGCAGAAUGAAUAUGCCAUGCUUCCUUGAAACAUUAAAAAACUAUUGACAGGAUUUCCAAGAUUUUUGGGGGAAACAGGUUUAGCAAACAAUCCGACUAGGAUUAGGAGUUCCACCACGGAUAUAUUCAGAGAUAUUAUGCUGUUUCUAUAUAAGUAAGUGCUUCUUCGUUCACUUUAAUAGAUUGGUAUUUCGCAACAAAAUGGCUACGAAAGCAAGCUAUAAUAAUUCACUGCCACCUUCUGACAACAAAGACAAAAUGAGUCAUGUUGAAAACGGCUAUCAUGUUUGUUUUCAGGCCCUUGUUUUGCAGUUUUAAAAAAAUGGGACAUGGUGUAACAGCUUGCAAGCACAAAUAUCAGCUUUAGAGUGAACUGGAUAGUCCGGUUGGAGGAUAAAUGAUUAAAUGUCCUGUUAGAAAUCACCUUUGUUCAACAACAAACCAUACAAUAAAAAAUCUGACCUACAUCAUUUUGAUAUUUACAACUAUGGCAAAAGGCCAAUGUAGAACUGCACUGUUAUCAUGUUAGACUGUUUGUACACACCCAGAAAGUCCUGUUUUCUCUGCUUUGAUUUGGUGUUUCAGUAUUUUGAAAUUGUCUUACUGUUAAAAGAUUAAUCAGUACGGUUGCAUGUGAAUUUGUAAAUUAUUUUGUAUUAAUGUAUAAGAAAUUUCUUUAAAUUAUUAUUAUGGAUGUAAUGAUUUGAGAGAAACUGUAUAUUACUAUAUGAGAGAAGAAAAUCUGUUGUUUGUACAUUUUCAGCAACCUUGUACUUUUUUUUUUCCACUUUUUUAAAUUAAUAAAAUGUCUGUGUUUUA